GGAUCAAGAUGAGUUAGCUACCAACCGCAGGAAGAAACACUGAAGAAAUGUGUGUUCAACUCCCAACGAUAGCUUAGCUCAAGCUAGCUAAGCCAUGGCGGAGGGUGUUGUGGGCUCACUAAUCGUCAAACUUGGGAAUACCCUGGCGAGUGAAGCAGUGGAGCUCGCGAAGUCGUUGCUCGGGCUGGAGGGAUCAGCUCUGAAGCGCCUCUUCUCUGAGAUCCGGGAUGUGAAGGGGGAGCUGGAGAGCAUCCGUGCCUUCUUGCAGGCGGCCGAGCGGUUCAAGGACGCCGACGAGACGACCUCCGCGUUCGUGAAGCAAAUCAGGAGGCUCGCCUUCGGCAUCGAGGAUGCCGUCGACGAGUUCACCUACCAGCUCGGCGAAGGAGGUGGAAGGAUGCCAUUCAAGCGGAUGUGCAAGAUCGGCACAUGGUCUCGCUUGGCCGCAAACCUGCAGGACAUCAAGGUCAGCCUGAAAAGCGCUGCCGAGAGGAGGAUUAGGUAUGAUCUGAAGGGCGUCGUCGUGAGAGGCGUGAAGUCGGUGGUGGGAAGCAGCUCAAACUCAAACUGGAGAUCAGACUCCGUGCACUUCAAGAGGGAUGAUGACCUCGUUGGUGUUGACAAGAACAGAGAUUUGCUGAUGAGAUGGGUGCAAGAUGAGCAGCAGCAGCGGCACAGGAUAGUCAGUGUGUGGGGGAUGGGCGGAAUCGGCAAGACGGCACUGGUUGCAAAUGUUUACAAUGCUGUCAAGGAUGACUUUGACACCUGUGCUUGGAUCACCGUGUCACAGAGCUAUGACGCGGAUGAUCUGCUAAGAACAACUGUUCAAGAGUUUCGCAAGAACGACCGGAAGAAAGAUUUCCCAGAUGACGAAGGUGCAUCAAGCUACAGAAGGCUAGUCGAGACGAUUCGCUCUUACCUUGAGAACAAAAGGUAUGUCCUUGUUCUAGAUGAUGUGUGGAGUACGAAUGUUUGGUUUGAUAGCAAGGAUGCAUUUGGUGGUGCCAAUAUUAUUGGACGAAUAAUUCUUACAUCAAGGAAUUAUGAUGUGGCAUUGCUUGCACCUGAGACGAACAUAAUUAAUUUGCAGCCAUUGGUAAAGUCCCAUGCAUGGGAUUUGUUCUGUAAAGAGGCAUUCUGGAAGAAUGGAAAUAGGGAUUGUCCACCAGAAUUGCUCCAAUUGGCACAAAAUUUUGUUGACAAGUGCCAUGGCUUGCCAAUUGCGAUCGUAUGCAUUGGGCGCCUUCUGUCAUUUCAAGCAAUAUCUUGCCACUGUGAACAUCUGUUCUUGGCCAUCACCAAUAUGAUUCAUCUUACCCGACUCGGGAUCCAGGCAGAUAGCAGCCAAGAAGUGUUGAAUCUUGAAGCACUUCGACCCCCUCCAUUACUUCAGAAGCUGUACUUGAAAGGUACAUUGUCUCAGGAAUCACUGCCUCACUUCUGUCACUUCAUGUCACUGAGUAAUCUGAAUAACCUCGGGUCUCUGCGUCUUGUGGGAUCAAGGCUUGACAGAGAUACAUUCCUUAAUCUUGAGAGGUUACCACAUUUGGUGAAGCUACAACUCUAUGAUGCUUAUGAUGGGAAGAACAUAUACUUCCAUGAGAACUCAUUUCCCAGGCUCAGGGAGCUCAGUAUACGAGGUGCACCACACCUGAAUGAAAUCGAGAUGAAAAGAGGAGCUGUGGCAAGCCUAACUGACCUCAAGCUCUUGGUCUGUCCAAACCUGAAGCAGUUGCCCUACGGUAUCGAACAUGUCAGGACUCUUGAGGAGCUCACUCUGGACCGUGCUGCAGAAGAGCUUGUGGGCAGGGUCCGACAGAAGACAGAGACGGUGAUUUCUCACGUCCAUCGUGUUUAUGUCGGGUUCAGCAGAAAUGGUGUAUUGGCUGCAGAAAGGAUCCAAUAAGUUAGUCUCUACCAGGACAAUAUUCAUUUUUUUCCCCGCAGCACAUAAGCGAUGCCCUUUUUUUUCUCUUUUACUUCCAACUGUAUACUAGCCAAAUAGUCGCGCUUUGCACGACUUUGUAUGCCUGUUUAAAAAGCUUGUAUAUGUGGAUUGUUGCAUAUGCUAAUGAGGCGAAGCAAAUGUACGUGCCAUAAA